GACAUCACAUGUCAGUAGCAGUUGCAGUUCAGACGAAAGCGAGAUUUUUCCUAUGCUAACUGCUAAAGCUAAUGAACGUGGCAGUGCUGACAUAUUUAAUGAAAUAGAGUCUUCAAAACAACAAGUUUCAGACUUUUCAAGCGAUGAUGAAGAUGUGAACGAGGCAAAUAUUACCAGGGCUGACGACAUUAAUGACAUAUAUGUACAGAAAAUACUGAAGGAUUCAACAACAAAAUGUGGGGAAAAAAAGAAGGUAAACCGUGUAUACAACAGCUAUCAAUAUUGUGCCUUGUGUGAUAAAAAAGUUUCCAAUUUUGCACAACACAUUUCAAGAAACCGUCAUCUUGUGGCUCAUGCUAGUUGUUUGGAAUUGACAGAAAUUGUGGAAGAAGAAGAUGAAGAUUGCAUGCGUAAACGGCGAACCUUGCUUCGUGGUAAAUUUAACCAUAAAUUUAAUAUGAAAACAAUUAACAGUGGAAAGGGUGAACUAAUCCUAGAAAGACGGCCAAAAGGUAACUUUAAAGUAGAAGAUUUUGGGCCAUGCCCAGGCUGUUAUUUAUGGAUGACCCACAAGCUUUUGCGAAAGCACAAGGCUAAAUGUCUAGCUCAAAGUGAAUUUACAAAAUCAUCUUCCUUAGUAACUCAAAUCAAAAAUAAUAACUGGACGCAUACCAACUAAACCAAGUGAAGCUCUUCUGAAAGAAGUUUUUAUUGUAAUGAAAAUGGACAAUAUAGGCAAAGUUGCUCGUGAAGAUCCACUCAUAGUACAGCAUGGAAAUUACUGGAUGCAGAAAAAUGUUGGAAACAAAUUGAAAAGAGGGGCAUAUAUUUCUCAAAUUAUGAGAUUAUGCGCACGUUUGUUAAUAAAUCUCAGAGAAUAUCCCAUAUCAGAGGAACCAACUUUGUGGAGUUAUUUGAAAGCAUCUCAUUUGGACAACAUAGUGAAAGCCACAUUGAAAGUAGCUGAUGCCAUUAGCGAUGACAAUCUUCAGAAACCUAGUAAUGCCCGUAAACUUGGGUUUUAUAUCAAAAGAGUCAUCAAUUGCCAAAUAGGAAUUGCGAUAAUGACCAACAAUGAGACAAGUCGAAAAGAAGCAGAAGAUUUGUUGAAAACAAUGGAAAUAUUUUGGGGAACAAGAAUCGCUAAGUUGUCAAAUGUUUUGCUGGAAGAAAAGAAAUACAACAAAAAUCAACCACUACCCAAACCAGACGAUAUUGCCAUAUUAAACAAAAGUAUUGAAGAUACAAUUAAUAAUUUGAAUCUGAAUGUGGAGACAUUUGAAAACUUUACUUCUGUUGUUGAAGCCAUCUCUGCCAAGCUUGUGGUUUAUAACAGAAGAAGAGUAGGCGAAGUUGAAGCAAUAAGACUAACCGAUUAUGAGAAAAUACGAAAAGGGGAAGCCCCAGAACAUUUAGUAGGUCAAUUAACAGAUUUUGAAAAAAAGUUACUUAAGGAACAAGAGGUGAUGACAGUAAGAGGAAAGACUGGACGUGGUGUUCCAAUAAUUUUGCCUAAAAUAACAAAACAAGGUUUAAAGUUUUUGACUGAUCGCAAAAUACGCAAAGAUGGUGUGAUUAGAGCUUAUAACUGUUUAGCAAAGGCUUGCAGCAAAGCACCGUUAUCUUCACCCGAACUUAUCACAAGUACGACCUUAAGAAAAUACAUGGCUACAAUAACUCAGGUUUUAGAUCUCAAACCAAAUGAGAUGACAUGGGUAUUAGACCAUCUUGGUCAUAGCAUGGACGUGCACAAAAUUUACUACCGAAAAACACAGAUAGCAAAGUUGUUGCUUAUUCAAGACACAAAUCAAGUUGGGCGUUUCAAGGAUAAGUCCUUAACUGAUGUUCAAAUGGAAGACGUGGUUUUUAAUAGAGACACCGAAACAAUGGUAAAUUUUCAAGCAUCUGAGGUCAUAGACAGUGAUAUUUUUGAUGAGACAAAAAUGGACAGUGAUAGUGAAGAAGAUACAAGAAAAAGCCAAAGAAAAAGGCCAUGUAUAACAACAAAAGCAAAGUGGUCAGAAGAAGAAGAGGCAGAGAUUCGAGAAUUGUUCAAGAAGUUCAUAAACAAGAAGAUAAGGCCUACUCCGGCUCAGUGCUUAAAAGCUAUCGCCAUCAGCAAGGAAAAGGGUGGGGUAAUCUGGAGAAGAAAAAAAGAUGUCUUGAAAAAAAAAUUGUUCAGAAUUAUUGACAAGUUGAACAAACAGUGAAUUAAUAAGCUCUUGAGAUAUAUUAUGGUUUUUAGUUAUUAUGGUAUUACUAACUCUUGAAGGGAUCAGAGUCAGAUAUUGGUUAACUAUUCUGUUUUAUGCAUCUUUUUUUAUACCACUUGCUGAUUGCAAAAUCACUUAUGUUUUAUCAUUUAUGUAAAUCAUGACCUACAUGGAUUCAGUUGUAGCAGCUUGAUAAGCUCGUAGCCAAUGCAUUUGGCCAAUUAUUUGUGACGAUAUGAUGAAAAUGUAUAAAUAAUGAACAGAAAACCAAAUAUACAAGCUAACAUCGAAUUGAAGCACUACUUAAGAUCUCCA